GGCAGCUCUCAGCCCUUGUCCUAUGCAGUGAGUUUUAGUUUGGAUUUGAUUGCAAAUAGGAACGUACUUACAACAUCAAGAUGGAUUUGAGGAUGUUUGCCGCUUGUUUGAUAAUGACUGUCUUUUUAAUCAAGCAUUCUGACGCCGCCAUCACUCAAUGGCAAGGUACACAGGCUGAUGGCUCUGCUCUUCCUACUUUUCCUGGUGGAGCUAACGCACUUGCUCCCACGGCGAUUUCCUUGAGUGAGACUGCAACAGGGGAACUGUUCACCAUUACUGCAACAGAUGGUAGUGAAACACUUUCAUACACAUUUGCGGACGGCGGCAACCCUAGCAGCAUUGCCGAUAACACCAUCCCUAGCACAGGAAUUGUCACACUCGCUACUGGAAAAUCACUGGACUUCGAAACAGGGCCAACACUCGUUUUUAAAAUUAUCGGCACAUCAACUGCAGCUUCAGCUAAUACGGGAACAGCGACGCUGACGUUGAGCGUCACUGACGCCACUGUGUGGACUCAGUCAGAGUAUGUCGCAUGUUUAUCUGCAACUUCGAUGGCUGCAGGGGAAAGUAUCGGUACCUAUGCUUCUACUGAUGCCACAAGUGCCCAAACUGUGGCAUACACAAUCUCGGGUGGUACUGACCAGAACAGUUUUGCUAUUAGUUCCACUACUGGGGCGUUGACCGUGGCAGCUUCAAAAACGCUGGAAACAACCACAAAAUAUCUUUACACCGUUGAGUUGACGGCAACUGUAGCUAGCGUUACACCUGGAACCACAAACGUCUAUGUAGCAUUGGAAUGUUCCAGCGGGGCUGGCCAGAUAACUGGUCUACUUGGCGCUCUCCUGAUGUCCGUGCUCACAACGCUUUUCCGCUAAUCGACAUAUGAUCUUAGUUAAGAAAGACUGGAAAAUGAGAAUAGUUCUUUUUCAAAUAGUGUGUCUCUAUUUCUUUUUAUUAAAUUAAGUAACGAUUUCAUUAAAUUUUAUCCUAAUAGCAUCCAGAAUAUUUACAGACUUUACUAUCCUUGGUAUUGUAAUAUAUAAGAAACUGAGAUAAUAAAUUAAAACCAAAACAAGAUGCAACAUUCCUGAUAACAAUUUAUAUUUAACAAGUGGUGUUUUAUGUUUUGUUUGAUGUGUUAUUCUUUAUUACCGCAUUGUGUGAUACAAGGCUUUUUUCGCUAUGGACACCGAUGUCGGUUUGCCUUUUCUUCAUGUAUGAAACCCUUGUCUGGGAUAGAUAUGGAACUUACUUGACGAACAGAACAUUUGUUAAGACUGAAAAAGAGUCCUUACCUUAUGAAUUUAGUUAUUUUGUGUUUUGUUAGAUACAUUUACAAAUGGUUUAAUUACAGUUAUUCAAUGUUUAUAUUAUUUGUAACAGUUAUAUCUGUCUCAGACAAAAGUAAAGAAAUCUUUGUCUUAGCAAGUAGAUAGGCUUAUAUACGAUGAUCGGUCCUUUAUGAAAUUCCUUCGGGUUUUGAAAACGGAUUUGACAUCAAUCCUCUUUCUAAAGGUUUAUAACUAAACAAACAGACAGAGCAUUAUUUUAUGACACGUGUGUUGAUGAACUAUCAAUAUAAUGUUUACCUAAAGAAAAAUGUUGACGCUAAUCUAGUAUCUAGUUACUUAAUUGAAAGUAUAUAUAUUUGUUUAUUUAUUGGAAACAUAUUUUAA